GCAGGAAGAAACAUGUCACCAGUGUACUGGAGGGGAACACAUCGUGUCAUGUGAAGAGACAUGACAAAAACAGCCCUCUUUAAAUUACUUUUGGCAAUUGUGAUCACAUUCAUUUUAAUUUUGCCAGAACAUUUUAAGACACCAAAAGGAAGUAUAUUGGAGCUAUCAUGUCUGGAAGUGUGUUUACAACCUAAUUUCAACUAUUCACUCCCCUCUUUAAAUUUUUCUUUUGUGACUUUUCUGAAACCAAUAAGAGAAACUCAGACUAUUAUGGGAAUCUUUCUAAACCACUCCAACUUUCAAAACUUCCCCAGAAUUUGCCAAGGCAUCAUGAAUGAAUUUCAAAUGUGCUCCUCGUGUUUGGCUUGUGAGUCCACAAAACUCAUGGAUUUUAUUUCUCGGGAACAAACAUCUAAAGUUCUUAUCAUGAAAGGAUCCACGGAAGUGAAGGCAAAUGACUUCCACUCACCUUGUCUACAUUUUAACUUCACUGUAGCUCCUACAGUUGACUACUUGGAAGAAUAUAACAUUACAUGUAAUCUUAAAACCCGCACCAGAAAGUCAGCAAGUGUGGAAGAAGAUCCAAACGAGGAAAAGUCUAUGAACCAUACCUGUAGGAUUAUGGAAUACCUGAAUAAUUGUACACACGUUUCUCUGCACCUAGAAAUGGACGUCAAAAAUUUUACUUGUUCCAUGAAGAUCACUUGGUAUGUUUUAGUUCUUGUCGUUUUUAUAUUUUUGCUCAUCCUCACUAUCCAUAAAAUACUUGAAAGCUACAGAAGAGUGUGGAAGUGGCAAAGUCAUAAAUACAAAUGUACAUCUGUUCUCUUAAGAGGAAAGGGUUCUGAGAAACCACGAACAUUGGACGUGCGGGUUAUUUCAGGGACCAAGCAGAGACUGCCCUUGACUCAGGUCAAGAAAGUGCUUCCUCCAAUACCAGAACUAGAAGUUACUUCCACGAUGCAUCUGCAAGAUCAGUAUACACGAAUAUCCCUCUGAAUUCCUCUGGACCAUUUGGACUAAACCCUUUUGAAGAAUACUCAUCAUUUUAUUUCAGUAAUGAAUUAACUAGCCAAUAUAUGGGUCCAGCUGAGAAUGCACAAUGGGAAACAGUAUGAAUGCUAACUGGUUGAGGAAAACUGGCUCAGGAGCAUUCAUUUGACCCACAAGGUCAAAGAAAUGAGAGUUUUUUCAUGAAGCCAUCGAGUCAUGGAAAACAAGCUGAUGAAACCCAUAAAAACACCAAUGGAAUGCUUACUCUCCUCACUUAUCCAUCAUUACACAACUUACAAUGGCCUCAAGAUUUUGAUUUUUAAAGGAACUAAAAACCAAGGUCAAGGAUGAAAAUCUUUUCUCUCAUUAGCCCACAUUACAGAAUCUGAUUUGAUGGGUUUUCCUAUACAGAGAGAUUGUUUCUGUUUGGCAGAUUACAUAAGAGGGCCUGGGUUGUUUGUUUAUGUAUUUGUUGGGAUUUAUAAACUUUGCCUCCUUUGGGCACUGAGGAUACUUUAAAAAAUUCACAGAUACCAAAAUCAAAUGACUUUAAGGGAAAUCCUAAGUGAAACUUGAAUAUUUAACGAUAAUAGCAAAAUGUUCCUUCUGAUUAUUUCAGCUUUCAUAUUACUUAUAGCCACCACUGAUGUCAAGAGUAGUUAUAGUUAUUAAUUACAAUAAGAGCACAUAUAGACAAUCUCUUAACAUUGAAAAAUAGAAAAAUACCUUUCCAGAGUUAAGAUAGAAUUUAAUCUCCUGACAUCAUUAUAUGAUUAAAAUUGCUUUUCUAAGCAGAUUUCUAGAUUUUAACGGUAGGAUCAGAUUUAAUAUUAAGCAACCUAACAGGAAUGAAUGAUUCAGCACACAGAGGGUUUUUUGGUAUCUUCUCCCCAUCCCCCAUCCCCUCUCCUCCCCCAUCCCCUCUCCUCCCCUCCUCUCCUCUCCCUUCCUCUCCUCUCCUUUCUUUUUCUAGAUCACAAACUGAGAUUCUAAUCAUAAAAUUUAGGGAUUGAAGAUUUGGCAAAUGGAAUUCUACUAGACUCACUUUUAUUGUCCUGUAAAUGUGAUUAAUAGGUGAGUCAGGCUCAGGUCUGUGAUUAUUCAGCAGGAGUUGAGGGGUAUCACACUCCUUGAGGGAUAGAUAUUAUACAAUUUCUAAGAGGCCAAAUAAUAUUGUUUCCUUGAACAUUGCCUAUUACGUUCAGACAAAUGACUUGGAAAUCAAUGAGAAUUCGGCUUACAAAAGGCAUAAAUUAAGUUUCAAAUUCCAUGAAAUUAUGGCAGCUUCCUGAAAGCUAAUUUCACUUAUUUAUUGAAAUAAUAGAUUUUAAUAGAUAUUGUGAAGUAUUCAAACAUGUAGAUGGCCUGGUGUCUGCCUGUGAAGAGUCUAUAAUCUAGCAGAGGAAACAGGGCAUGCUACUGCUGGCUAUGAUGCUAGACACAAUAGGGUAAGAUAAAUGUCAUCCAUGGGCUCCAUGCUUCCUGCUGAGAAUUCACAGGCCAGUAGAAUCAUUUCCAGUUGGGAGUGAGCAGGAUAGGCUUUUCAAGAAGGUGGCUUUAAGCAGUGUCGACCACAGUUUUUCCUGAUCUUUCUGGAGAGGUAGAAUUUCCCAAGUAUACACUUUCUCAGCCCUCAUAGCCCUUUCACUGUCUGUUACUUACAAUUAUUUUCAUGGUUAUUAAUUCAUGUCUGUCUCCCUUUCUAGACUGAUUCUGCUUACCAUAAUAUUCCUGGCAGCUGGUAUGAUACUUGGCUUACAGAAGGUUCUUAAUACAUAUUUUUUGGAUAAAGAGCAAUUUGGAUAAAGUGGCCCCCUGUACAUCAGGCACAUGCCAUAUAUAGUCGUACUUCUUCCUUACAAUGAUUCCUGGAAACAAGUGUCAUUGUCCCUAAGGAACUGAGGCCUGAGAAGCUCACCAAUUUGCCUGUGGUCUCUGGUCCAAUAUGUGGAUUCAGUCAUAGAUUGAAGUAUAUAAAAUAUGCUUUUGUACCUAGUCUAUAUUUAAU